AUGGGGCAGGUGGCUUGGAAGGGUUUGUUCCUCUCGCUUUUUGAUUAUAAAACAGAGAAAUACGUCAUUGCAAAGAACAAAAAGGUGGGGAUUCUCUACCGAGUGGUGCAGCUCUCCAUCCUGGCUUACCUGGUGGGGUGGGUGUUUGUUGUCAAGAAAGGCUAUCAGGACACAGACACAUCCCUCCAGAGCUCUGUCAUCACCAAGCUGAAGGGGGUGGCCUUCACCAACACCUCGGAGCUGGGGGAGAGGCUGUGGGAUGUUGCAGACUACGUUAUCCCACCACAGGGUGAAAACGUCUUCUUUGUCAUGACGAAUCUGAUCGUGACCCCAAACCAGAGGCAAGCCACAUGUCCUGAGGUAGGAAGAACUGAGCCCCCUGGCCCCCAGACCCCUACAAAACUGGGGAGUGUCAGCAUUCCUGAUGCCCUGUGUUACGAGGAUGGGGACUGCCUGGCAGGGCAAGCAGUGGUGGCUGGCAAUGGAGUUAAGACUGGCCGUUGUUUGAAAGAAAGGGACAGCAUCAGAGGGACUUGCGAGAUACUGGCCUGGUGCCCAGUGGAGAAAAGAUCCAAGCCCAAGAAACCACUUCUUGCCAGUGCAGAAAACUUCACUGUUUACAUCAAGAACUCGAUCCGGUUCCCCAAGUUUAAGUUCUCCAAGAUGAAUGUGUUGGCAACCGACAAUGAGUCCUACCUGAAAAGCUGCCGCUACAGCACGGAGCAUCCCUACUGCCCCAUCUUCCUCCUGGGGAACAUUGUCAGAUGGGCCGGGAGCGACUUCCAUGAAAUGGCUUUGGAGGGUGGUGUGAUAGGAAUUCAGAUUGAAUGGAACUGUGAUCUUGAUAAAGCCCCUUCUGAAUGUAAUCCUCACUAUUCUUUUAGCCGGCUGGAUAACAAGUUUGCAGAAAAGUCUAUCUCUUCUGGGUACAACUUCAGGUUUGCCAAAUAUUACCGGGAUGCUGAAGGGGUUGACUACCGGACACUCUUUAAAGCAUAUGGAAUCCGUUUUGAUGUGAUGGUGAAUGGCAAGGCAGGGAAAUUUAACAUCAUUCCCACCGUUAUCAAUAUCGGUUCAGGGCUUGCUCUCAUGGGGGCGGGAGCUUUCUUUUGUGACCUGGUGCUGCUGUAUCUGAUUAAAAAGAGUAAUUUUUAUCGAGGCAAAAAGUAUGAGGAAGUAAAGUCCAGUUCCAGGAAAUCAUUAUCUAGCCCUACUCUGAAUGGGAAUCAGAGCCCUGACCAACUCGGUGGGCUCUAGGCACAGUGAUGGGGCCGUCAACUGGAAUCACGUUCCAGGAAAAUCACACAGGUGUGAGAUGACACUGGGACUGGGAAGUGGAGAUACCCAGAUGAAAUCUACCAUCUAUUAUUGGGAUUCCCAGAGGGAAAAAAUCCUUUAAAGAACACCCUUCUUUCCCUGAGAUGUUCUCUGGUAUCCUGAGCUUGCAACACCUGUGUUGUCACUAUGGAUUUAUAAGACUAUUUUAUAAGAGGAAAAAGAAGGCACCAAAUGAAUGUUUUUAUAUUUAUUGAUAGAUAUAUCUGUACCUACGUUAAUAGCCAGCAUUCUCCUGUGGCUGUGCUUUGCUUUUAAGUGUGAAAGAGCGGCGAUGUGAAACACCAGUGACAUUUUGAGGAGGGCUGAGGCCAAGAAUCAACCCGUCUCCUGCUCCACUGGCUUGCAGCCACGGCUUCCAACUCCCGCUUUUGUUAUUUGCAAGAUUAGAUAUAAAGCAGCAGGACUGCUCUUGUUAGGAAGUGCAAGGAAAUGCAACAUUUCAGCAACUCUCAGAGGCCAGAAGAAAGUGCUUUAUUAUCCUACGCCACCCACGCCGAGUGGGCCUGUUUUGGAGGGCAAUUGCUUUCACUGCUGUGUCUGUGUUGUAACUGUUAGGGGUGGAAGCAGAGCUCCUCCAGGGAAAGCCUUUACAACAGCUGCCACAAAGUGCUCUGCUCCUUUCUCCUAGGAACGUCAGGAGACUGAGCCUGCCACAGCUCUGAGCGGGGAAUUGAUUUCAGCCAUGGCGGGGUCCCAGCUACCUCAUCUGCUACCCAGAUUCUCUGUUUGUAGUUAACCAGAUAACCAACCAGUAUUUCAGACCACAGAGAAGGUAACACGUGCAGAGGGGUAUUUUGAAGCAAGACAGGGACAGGUGCUUUUGUGGUUAGUGAAAAGCGUUUCAGCAUACUGAAAAACAACAUGGUGCUGGCAAUAUGUGCAUGGAGAUGGUGCUAGGUUCUCCCUUCUUUGUUUAGUGCCUGGUUUCAUUUGCUAGUGAUUAUGCUUUCUGUAUCACUUACUAUUUGCUCAUGGUGGAGAGAGAUCUGGAUGGGGCACUUCGUGCUUCUGCCCUUUUUGUAGUACCCUGAAAGUACUGGUAGUACUGUGGAGAUUGAAAAGGGGAGCUGUCAGGUAAAACAGACUUUGCCAGGUUCUUCCAAAUAUACUAACAGGAAGAAAAAAUAGAAGACAGAUGUCCACUAUUUCAACGCUUCGGUAUCUUUCAAGAAUCAUUUGUGGUUUGUUGUUUCUCAGGAUAAAACUAAGUAACGGCAGCCCAUUUUGUGAAUUUACGCUCAAGUGGGGCUGCAACUACUCUUAAGAUGAAAAUUAAUAAUAGCAUUGCUUUCUUUUAAAGUUGGUGUUUGAGCUAGCAGGAACUGACUCACCAGCUCCUGAAGACGGUAGGUGACCGUUCCUGUCCCUGACAUAUUAGUCCUUUCACUUCAAGCCUCUGCACCAUGGCGUGGCACAAACUGAUCAGUGUUCUGUAAAUGCCACUGGUCACUGUUAACCAGUUGUUCUGAUAGUGUGUUUCCAUCCACUCUUUGACUAUCAGGAUUUAAAGGACUCCUGCUGCAGCACACUCAUGUAUUGUCAGGACAGGUGUAGAGAGGAUGGCAUUACAGAAGGCUGCUGUGAUGUGUUACACACAGAGGGAAACAGCAAGCCCCACCUACCUCUGCUUUAACUUCUCCGAAGUGAUUACUCUGAGACUGUUUGACUCUAAAUGAGAACUCACCUGUGUUAGCAGUGGCAAGGUCUGAGUUCAGUCAUUGGUAGCAAACCCCACCCAGUCUCAUUCACUCCCUCUGCUCCUGCUCAGCUGCAAGUAAAUAUUAACUAGUCUAACAUGUAGCUAAAAAUGGAGUUAAGCACUGGAGAUAAAGUAAUUUAGGAUGAGCUAUGUACCUCUGAUGCUAUAGCUACAGCCAAAAAUCUCUCUAGGCAAAGGUGAGUCACCCUGUGUACAACGGACAGGCUGCCCUAGGCAGGCCUUUUGAAACCACCAUGCCAGUGAAACAGCUCAAACUUUGGCUGUCAGGCCUUCAUUCUGUUUAAAUAAUUUCUAGAUGGUGAAACACAUGGGGAAGGCCAAGGCAUCACUGAGACCAAAUAGCUCAUCCUAACAGUAAAGCUGACUGUGUUCUACUGAAGCCAGUGCUUCAACGUGACAAAACAGACCAAAGCUAUUUCCUGAAUUUAAGUCUUCAGGGGACUUUAGCACCCCAAAAUUCACUAGAAUGUUUUUCCCUUCUUUAUACUGUUCAUUUAAUGCAAUUUGCACAACAGUUGUGAUUAAUAAAACAACCAGACUUCUCCUUAGGAGCUUGUUUCUUGAGUUUGAUUUUUUUCUUGUCUUUGAUGUACAGCAAUAAACUGUGUCACGUUAGGGCAGUGCUAAGAUGCCUCUACAAAACAUGUUCUCUAGGUUGCACAUAUCCAUUUCUCUUUGUCACACGUACUUACGUUAAGCAAUUCAAGUAAGAGUCUAGAAAGUAUUUCAGUGGUGCAGAUGUUUAAACGAUAUUCAUUGAUGCGUGAAAAGUGGUGGCUGUUUUCUGAUGGUAUGAAUCUGUCAAAGCAUACAACUGAGGGAAUUGAGAAUGUGACCUCCCCCCACCAAAAAAGAUACAUGACUUAAGCAGUGUUUAUAGUUUCAGAUCCACCUUCUUGUAUAACCCUGCAUUUCACCAGAACUUGACUUUUCUGUAAAGUGUCUUUGAAAACAGAAUCUAAUGUCUUAAAACCUUUGUGUAACAGUUAACCUGUUAUAAGGGGCUGGUGAAUCAAUGAUGGCCUCAGUUAACCAGACGAAGCAAUGUGGGGUUGUAGAAGAAAGUACACAACAGAACCCAGUUGUUGUGCACGCGUGAGUGCUAGUUGUAGGUGAGAGGCUCCAAGCACUGUUUGCACAAGCAGCUCUAGAGCAAAGACACAUUACCUCUGUAGUGGGUGAUCAAGUUGUCCUUUCUGUCCCUACCAGACAUGGCACCGCAACACACCACUCAGUUGCAGGAAUCCUGCUGCUUACACAAGCCUAAGCUAGCAGGCAAUAAGACACUGUGUGCAUUUUGGUGCCUGUAUUUCAUUGGACACAAUAGCAUUAAACACAGCAGUGUUUGGCUUGUGAGAGCAUCACUUAGCGACUUUUGUCCAUGCCAGUGAAGAGUCUCCACGACAAUGUCAUUUAUUUAUAAGGUGUAAAUACAGCAACUGUGGAAGAUAACAUUUGCACUAGCAACUCAAACACAUUUCUGUAUCAAACCUUUACAUACAGUUAAUUACAUGCUGCUGU